UACUCACCUUUCUCACUAAAAAAUCUCUACGACCUCGACAAAUAAACCAUGCCUCCUCGUGGCAGUGAAGGACUAGAUUUUACACCAAUCUUAACUCAUUAUCUUUUCUUGUUUACGACAAUUCUUGCAGUGCUGGCAUGGUUCAUUGCAUUUAUAUCGCAAUGUAUCGCAACUGCUCAAUUCCAUGAACAAGCCGUUGGCGUUGGGUGGUUUGGGAUAUUCCUCCAAUUAUUCUUAACCCUUGGCGUCUUGCACACCCUCGCAAGUGAUUCAAUAGCCAUGCACCGCUUGCAAAUAUCAGUUUUCGGUGCUAUCGCGAUCGUUAUGGCUGUCAUCAUCGUCAGCAACAGCAUUUUUACUGGAGUGGCAGCGCUGGACGCUAUGGCUGCGGGAUGGCUUAUUCUUGCAAUAGUGGAUAUUCUAUGGGUUAUCUACUUUACCUCCGAAGAAGAUUCUCUCGCAUAUUACUUGUUCAGCUCUAUGGGCACCGGUGGUCUCACACCCCCGUCCCGCCGCCGUAGAACUCGCGGUGCGAGCAACAUUGGCACCAAUGGCUAUGCAGCCAACUACUCUCCUGGGGGUGGUAUUGGUUCACACGACAUGCCCUAUGACAGCACCAACAAAAUGGGUACCGGUCCUGGUGUUAGGAGUCAAAAUAGUUUCGCCGGUGGUGGAAGCAUGGACGGCGCUCCCCGCAGCCUUGGACCUGCAGUUGGUGCAGGCAGUAUCCACAGUACACCGAACCCUGCCCCGGUGUCCCUGAGUGGCCCUGACAAUAAAUUGGGUCCAGGCUCACCGUUGAUGGGUGCUGGUGCCGCUGGUGUAGGCGCAGGUGGAGGUAUCAGUGGAGGUAGUCCAACUAUGCCUGAAGCCAACCCUGGAGGCGCGCCAGAGGAAUAUGUCUACAAAGCAAAGGCAUUGUAUGCUUACACUGCCUCUCCGGAUGAUCCAAACGAAAUCUCAUUCGCUAAGGGUGAGAUUCUUGAUAUUGUCGACAAGCAAGGCAAGUGGUGGCAAGCAAAGAAAGCAGAUGGCAUGAUAGGAAUUGCACCAUCGAAUUACCUUCAGGUCAUCUAAUGGGCUGAGCCGGUUUUUCAUACCCUCUUGAUGCUAUACUUGACGAAAACGGACAUGCGUGAUACGAGCUUUACGUUCAUUGUAAUGUCACUGAAGUGACCUUGAUGUUAGGCGAUUCUAGCUAUAUUAUCCAUUUCUUUGCUGCGCUUCCCUUGUGUUUUUAUUUGCUAGCCUCACUGUCUCUCAACGAUACCACAUUCCGAUCAUGUUUUCCUCUGCGUGUCUCAUCUUGAUGUAAACGUUGCUUAUCUGAUCGAUACUCAAUCGAUAUGCUGCUUGUUCUUGUC